ACAAGCAUGUGCAGUGUUUGAUAAUAAAGGCAGACUAUGAAGUCAGACAUAGAGGGGACAGACAGAUUAAGGGGUGUAGAUAAUGGGUGGAUGAUGGAAUGGAAGGGUGGGAGGUGUUGCUGCGCUCUUCAGCAUACACACUCAAUGCUGUUGCUAUGGGAAGAAGACAUUACGACGCACCUGAAGAUACUACAUUUCCAGUGGUGGGAGAGGGAGGGUGGUGAGGGGGCGACCUAAAAAGAGUGGAGGGAGGUAGAGGCCUGUGUGGGUACAAGAGGGCAAGGAUAGGGCAGUCUAAAAAUCAUUUGAAAAUGCAAUAUCGCUGUGGCUGAUUUCAACAUCAGAGGGAGACGGGGAGGAGAGCGUAUGAUUUUAAGUGGUGAGCAGGAAAAGGGGAGAAUAGCAGAGACUGUGCCUCAGAACAAACUAUGUCACAAACCCGAUAUCUUUACAGUUGGUGUGGUCUUAGUCAUAACCAUCCUGUGCAUUAUAGGGAUUACAUUUAUAAUUAUUGGUGCCUCCUACCUGGAUGACUGCGCUCUGGAAAGACACAUUCCAAUCUAUGUGCUGGUGCAAGGAAUUCACUUUAUACUACUUGCAACUAUCAUUGCAAUCCUCUUUACAAGUGACCACUUUGCCUUGCUGUUCUUAUUUCUCUGCAUUCUGGGCACAUUCUGGAUCUGUUGGCUUAUUAUGGGCAGUAUCUGGGUUUUUCAGCACCACAUAAACUACCACGGAAAGUGUCACAAUGUCCUUUUCCUCUUUGCUUUCUGGACACUCAUCGUGCAGUACAUAGGACUCAGCAUUGUUUUCCUGGCCUCAGUAAUCUAUUGCUGCUUUUUCUGCAUCAUGCUCUGGGCUUGUGUGGCGGUCAAUGGAUAAAGAAGCAGAAAACCUGUUCUUCUUGACAGACCAACCUCUGUUGUGACCCGAAUGCCAAAUUUCAAAUAAAGACAGAAGAGAGGACUCUGCGAAAUGCCAACAAAGGAAUAGAAAAGCAGCUUUGUCAAAUAUAUUAAGGGAGAAUCAUUAUUAGGGUGUUAUUUAAGGGCUCAACAUUGAAUGCAAAUAUCAAUAUAGCCAGCCUCCAGUCUCAUUUACAUGCUCUGAAGGCUGACAUGCAAAAGUUGCCAUAGAAAAUGUAUAAACAUGGACGGCCACUCAAAAUAAUCAGCUAACUGGAUACUUCUCCUUUCAAAAUAUACCGAUAUCAAAAAGGGAAAUGAUUCUACCAGUAACGAUGGGAGUUAUAUUGUAUAAAGGACUGUGAAUUUUUCUGCACUGUGUAUGAAUUCAUCUGAUCUCAGCACUUUAAAACAAUAUGCAUGCAGCUUUUUUUUGUUAAUAUGGUGAAUUAAAACAACUGCUUCCUAUGUACAUUUCCAUUGCUUUAAA